AUGUUCCGUCGUUUGGCUACUUCGAAGUUGGCGAAAGCGACAUACGUCGCAUCUGCAGCUUUAGGUCUGACUGUAGUGUAUCUUGAUUUUAUAAAGUCACCUAAUAAACCUUUGGUUGAUUACACCAAUUUCCAACCAUUAUCAACACAAGAGAAAAAUGUCGUCAAACCUCCUACAAGACAACAAUUGUUACAACGGUUAAAAGAUGGUCCCACGACUUUUGAUACCUUAAUCAUCGGUGGUGGUGCUGUGGGUUCUGGUGUAGCAGUUGAUGCUGUAACUAGAGGGUUAUCAGUAUGUCUUUUAGAAAGAGAAGAUUUUGCUAGUGGAACUUCAUCUAAAUCAACGAAAAUGGCUCAUGGUGGGGUAAGAUAUUUGGAGAAGGCAAUCUUCCAAUUACUGAAGGAUCAAUUGGAUUUGGUGAUUGAAGCGUUAAAUGAAAGAGCUAAUAUGAUGCGAACCGCUCCUCAUUUAGUCUCUGUCUUACCUAUUUUGAUUCCAGUUUAUAAAUGGUGGCAAAUUCCUUAUUUCUAUGCCGGUUGUAAAAUGUAUGAUUGGUUUGCUGGCUAUCAAAAUUUACGGUCCUCUACUUUAUAUUUGGGUGAGCAUGCCAAAGCUGCUGCUCCAAUGAUUGAAUCUUCCAAUUUGAAAGCUGCAUGUUUAUAUCAUGAUGGUAGUUUUAAUGAUGCCAGAAUGAACGCUACUUUGGCUUUGACAGCUAUUGAAAAUGGAGCCACCGUACUUAAUUAUAUGAAUGUUGUUCAAUUACUUAAACAAGAUUCUAAAGUUAUCGGUGUCAUUGCUCAGGAUAGAGAAACAGGAGAAACUUUCCAGAUUAAGGCUAAAUCAGUGGUCAAUGCUACAGGACCAUUUGCUGAUCAAAUUUUGGAAAUGGAUAAAGAUCCUAAGGGGUUACCUCCAUUAAUUAAACAAUUACCUAAAAUGGUUGUGCCUUCAAGUGGUGUUCACAUUGUAUUACCUGAAUAUUAUGGGCCCAAGGAAAUGGGUCUUUUGGAUCCAAGCACUGAAGAUGGUAGAGUAAUGUUCUUUUUACCAUGGCAGGGGAAAGUGUUAGCUGGUACAACUGAUACUCCUUUAAAGGAAGUGCCUGAUUCACCAGUUGCUAAAGAAGAUGAGAUUAAUGAUAUUUUGAAUGAACUUCAAAAGUAUAUUAACUUCAAAGUUGAAAGAGAAGAUGUUUUAUCAGCUUGGAGUGGUGUUCGUCCUCUAGUUAAAGAUCCUUCUAUUGAAGAGAACAAUGGGAAAACUGAAGGAUUAGUAAGAUCUCAUUUGAUCACUACUUCUCCAACUGGGUUAGUUACAAUUCUGGGAGGUAAAUGGACAACUUAUAGAGAAAUGGCUGAGGAAACCGUUAAUACCAUCAUUUCAACCUCAAACUUGGAGCCUAAACGUCCAUGCCAAACCAAUUCAAUCAUACUUGCUGGUGGAGAGAAUUAUCACCCAGGGAUUGAUACUCAAUUAAUUCAUGAAUAUCAUAUUCCUGCCAAAUUAGCUACUCAUUGGGCUAAUAAUUAUGGAACUCGUUCAGUAAUACUUGCUAAAUUAUAUAUCAGCGAUCCACUGAAUCGUCUUCCAAUUGAAUUAGCUGGUAAAAUUGAACAUCCAAAGGAAUUAUUAGGUGAAUCAUUCAUGGAAACUGAACCUUUCACAGUUGCAGAAUUGAAAUAUGCCAUGAAUUAUGAGUAUGCUCGUACCCCAGUGGAUUUCCUUGCAAGAAGAACGCGAUUGGCAUUUUUGAAUGCCAAAGAAGCCUACGUUUCCAUUGAUGCCGUGGUGAACAUCAUGGGCCGUGAACUCGGAUGGAAUAGAAAGACAGCCGAACAAAUGAAACAAGAUGCUGAAGACUACAUUGGGAAAAUGGGUAUCCGGCCUCAAUAA